AUGCGUCCACUGACAGAAGAAGAGACAUCGCUUGUAUUUGCCAAGUUGGCCUCGUUCAUCGGAGACAAUGUCUCGAUGCUCAUCGACAGAAAUGAUGGAGAUUAUUGCUUCAGAAAUCACAAGGAACGUGUCUAUUACUGUUCGGAAAAUCUGAUGCGUCAAGCCGCCUGCAUUGCCCGUGAGCCACUUCUCUCUUUUGGAACUUGCUUGGGAAAGUUCACCAAAAGCAAAAAGUUCCAUCUCCAAAUCACCGCUCUCGACUAUUUGGCGCCGUAUGCCAAGUUCAAGGUGUGGCUGAAGCCGAACGCCGAGCAGCAAUUCCUUUACGGAAACAACAUUCUCAAGUCUGGAAUCGCAAGAAUGACCGACGGAACUCCAACUCAUGCUGGAAUCGUCGUAUACUCGAUGACCGAUGUUCCAUUGGGAUUCGGAGUGUCAGCGAAAGGAACAUCAGACAGUAAGCGUGCCGAUCCAACUGCUCUCGUCGUUCUACAUCAAUGCGAUCUUGGAGAGUAUCUCAGAAAUGAGAGUCAUCUCGCUUAAUCGGAUUUUGGUCUCCAUUCAAAAAUUUUAAAUUCCACAAUUUUUCAUUUUUCAUUGUUAUUCUCUUGUUGAUGUUGUUUUUGUUGGUCUUCCUUUCAAAAUUUUUCAUUCAAUUAUAAAAAAUUCAAUCU